AAAGCAAUAAUAUCUUGCCCCUCCGAAUUCUGCCCCCCUCUACUCUCUUCUUUUCCUUACUCCUCCUUCCUCUUCUUCUUUGUCUCCUCUCCCCAUCCUCCCCCCCCCCCCGUCCUCAAAGCAACCAUGGAGGGCGACUUCAUCAAGUCUGUAUCCCUCGAAACUCGCAAGAAGCUUGUGAGUAGUGUCCGAUCAAAACACCCCUCCCAUGUGCCGGUCAUUGUCGAGCGGUACAAGGGUCUUAUUUUCUCCUCCCCCGAUGACCGGCCUCUUUUCUCGAGAUCCAAGUACAUCAUCAGCGGGCAGACUUCCUUUUCUCGGUUUAGCACGAUGAUCCGGGAACCGGCCAAACCCAACAACCCCCCGGCCUCCUCCUCGACCUUGGCCGAUGAAAGCAAGGAGGCAUAUUUUGUCUCCACCAUUACGUCCACAUCCAACCCUUCGGCUUCGUCGAGCGCCAGCGUCACUGUCUCGACUGCCGAUUCCUCCGCCGCCACUGCCGCCUCGACUGCCGCGCCCUCCGCCACAUCCACCACCUCCACCGACCAAGCUUCCGCUAUCGGACCCAAUGAUGCCAUCUUUUGGUACAUCCGUCGGCCGGGCAGCACGUUCGCUAUUUCGGCCCCGAUGAACGCCCGCCUGGCCGACAUCUACAAGGAUUAUGCCAACCCCGAAGAUGGGAUACUCUAUGUUGUCUAUUCCAAGGAGAACGCCUUCGGGUAAGUCUGCUUCCCCCCCCCCUCCCCUCUCUAUUGUCUCGAGAGAUGCCUCGCAUCUUGGCAUGCGCGCAUGCAUGGGAAUGUGCGAGAAGAGAGAGGCCUCGCACAUGCGCGCCCAUAGAGAGGCCUCUUUCAGCUCGCGAUGCGUGCAUUGCGCUCUAUUCAGGGACAAAGUGGCAAUGCUGUGUGCCAAGAAAGUGACUCAGCUGAAAAUACAACAUCAUUAAAGAUAGCA